ACGAUAUCCCAAUGUUCAGCGAGAUGAUAGAGUGCUUCAUUCUAGUAUAAAUAUUCAGGCAUCGCGCCGCCCUUCCUCUCGUUUUGUUCUCUCUCCUCAUCCUCAUCGGACACUCUCUGUUUCCUACAGUCUCCUCUUCUCCUUCUGUACUUUCCUACAGUCCUCUGUCAGCCUCUCUCUUCACUCAGACUCUUUCAUUUCACUUCCGACAGCCUCUGCUUGUCCAAUUUCCCCAUAUCACUCCCUCAACCGUAUCUCUUGCAUCAAGAAAAAACAACAACAAAAACCACCGCCAAAAUGCAGUUCAAGUCCAUCGUCGUCCUUGCCCUGCCCGUCUUCGCGGCCCCGACCAACUUCGCAGCCAACCAGGCCGCCGAGCUGGUCGCGCGCGCCGACGCCCCCGCCGCUGUUGUCGGCGAGGAGGCCCACAUCGAGAAGCGCGAGAUCAUCACCGGCAUCGUCACCUCCAUCGCCAUCACCGUCGGCACCGAGCUCGCCACCAAGGCCGUCAACGCCGGCAUCAAGCUGAUCAAAGACGUCGCCAACUGGACCAGCGCCCGCGAGCAGUUCACCAAGGCUACCGUCGCGCAGAUGAUGACCGAGAACCCGGACCCCAAGAAGUACGCGGCCGCCAUUUGCAACAACGUCGGCUACAGCUUCAAGGACGGCGACGGCGCCGUCGGCAAGGUCAGCGUCGACCUCAAGCAGGGAGCCCUCAAGACCAACUACGACUGCUUCUACAUGGCGUUCGGCAACACCUUCUUCAGCAGCGGAGACGGUGGCUACAUCAACCUGGCCAUGAGGCACUCGACCAGCUGCAAGUUCGACAAGGGCAACAAGAAGUCCAAGCCCAGCCUUGCCUGCUAAACGGCUCGCCAGCACCGCACUGUUUGGGCCCGGCGUCUCCAACACCUCGCAAGGUGUGUAGGAUUCCCGUCCAUGGAGCCUAGUCGCCUCUUUUUGUUUUCUCUUCCUGUUUAUUCUUUUUCUCUCGAUGUAUAUGGUUUUGCUCUUUGUGUGUGGUAUGGAAAGGCUUGUUUGGAAGUUUGUAUAUAGCAUUGUUAGAGACUCCGGUUAAAGCGGUGGCUAUAACAGAGGGCCACGGGCUUUGGUAGCAUUUGUGCUCUCAACGUGCAAAUAUCAACAUUGUCCCAAACAUACAUCAC